AUGAGCGAUCAGGACACUAAGACCGAGGUCAAAGCACACACCAGAAGGCAUCCACAAGCAAACACUGUCACUAGUCCGCCGUCAGCCCGAAAGCAUCAAACAGACAGAACAGCGCCGGACAAGCAUCAACCAACUGGCCAACCGUUCCAACCACUGGAGCCAAUUCUUUUCCCGAAGUAAUUUUCUAUUUUCUCUUCAGACCGGAGGAACCCUCGGCAAGUUGUGGAUGUUGGAGCGCGUGUCGGAUUUCGAUGAGAAGAUUGGACUCGACAAGCUUGUGAAGUUGGCCUACUCGGAUCCAGUCAUGAGCGAUAAUUACCGUGGAAAGCGGAGGUAGAGGAAUUUCAGAUGACCGUGCAAUUGCUGGAAUGAUGUCUGAUUACAGAGAGAAGAACCUUGAGAACAUGAUUCUCAACUUCGGACCGCAGCAUCCAGCCGCGCACGGUUGGCUCCGUACAUCACCUGGAAUGAAGGUGUUUCCAAAUGGAAUACAACGACAACAAAUUAGAUUACUUAUUAACAAUAAAAUUUGA